AUGGAGUUUCUAGACAAGCUCCCGGAGGACCAGCGGAAGGCAGCUGGCGCGGCCCUGGGCAUCGCCACCUUCGCAGGGCUUGGGGGCCUCCUCUGGCGUUGGAGGAGCCAAAGUGCGAGAACGUUGAAGCGGCCCUUCAUUCUCAAGGACCUCGCAAACGGCGAAACAGUGGAGGAUCCCCUGGCCGAGCUUACACGAGUCGUCACCUGGCUACAGGACGAGAUCAUUCGGCCCUUGGAUGCUCGGCUGCCAGGCAAACCGUUCGAGCACGACUUGCUGGCCUUCCCCUUCACACCGAUGGUCCUGGUGGUGGGGAACCACUCUGCUGGAAAGUCCACCUUCAUCAACCGGCUCCUUGGCACCAGUGUGCAGGAGACAGCCGAAGAAGGGACAGUUCUCAUGGCGUUGCCCAGACAUGCCUUGUUUGCCGCAGGAAACGGGUGUGGCUCCUACGGACGACGGCUUUACUGUCCCGGGGACUCAGGGAACGGCUCCGUGGAUGCCUUGUGGCCGUGUUGGCUCUGCAGCGCCUUGCACCACCGCCUUGCUGAGUUUUGGGCGAUGGAUGCCCUCUUCCGGCGAAAGGUCCACAUUCAAGUCAUCAAUUGUUCGCGAUGGUCAUUGCUGACAUUUGCCGGGGAGUUUUUCAACUCGGGUGGCUGGGUCGGCCCUCGCUUGGAGGAGGUUGGCGAGGAUGCCUGCAUCGAGCUAGAAAGCAAUAGCUGGAUAUCUGGCCUAUCAGGCUAUGUUACCUUUCGCAGCAGCGACCACUCGCAAUUUUUAUGUAUUGUUGUGUCGUACCCCUUGCUGGGCUCGUGCUGCUUCACUGCUCGCUUCGGUGCCGACCAUGGGUUGCGAGAUCCGGCCAACUUGUUGGAGAAUGCGCCGCCGCUGCAACCUGCAGACCACGGUCUCACCCGUGCCGAGGGGUGCACCUGGGAAGUCCUCGAUGUUGGAGUCCAGGACAUGGCGGUGAUACGCUGCGUGCUGCUUCCGAGCAAGCUCAAGCGCCUUUCUGACGAUUUCUCCUCUGCGCUGACCACCGCCGCGUGGUGCGCUACGUCGGGCAAAGAUGGGGCUGCCGCCACUAGUCUUGGCAGGAAGAGCGUCCGCAUGACGGAGCGCCGCCUGGAGGUCGAAAUCGAAAACCAGUCGUCAGAGUCCUUCCUUUUCGACAACGACUGGUUCAAGCAUGGCAGCUGGGUGGAUGGUGCUGUGGACUGCCUGCCGCCGGGCACCACAACAACCCUGAAACUCUGUAGCUCUGACUUCAUCUCGGGGGUCAGUGGCCUCUUCUGGUAUGUCAACGAGGCACGCUUCGACGUGUACCUCAGCCUGGUGUUCUCCCAUCCCAUAGCCAGCGAGGCAGCGUUUGAUGCCUUCCUCGGAGCUCCACCUGAGGAGCUCCACAACGAAUGGUGCAAGGUCCGUCCUGUCAACGGCAGCGAGUGCAACAGGCACGGCUGCUGCUGGCGGGUCCUGGAGCGCGGUCCAAUCUUGCGGCUCAAGGUCACGCUGCCAGAAGCUUUGCCACGGGCCACCACGGCCACCAUCAGGCCACCUGAGCCGGUGGAGGCAGAGCACGGCGCACUGGCCGUGCGGGAGGCCCAAGCACGUGCUGAGGAUCCAGAGCCCGCAGCUCCCAGUUUCAUGGACGUCACCCGUCCCAGGGACCUUAUCGACGGCGUGGGGAGCGGCCUCACCGCCGCCUCUGUCGGCUUCGCUGCAGGCGGCGCUGCGCUGGUAGCUGCGCCUGCUGUGGGCCUCUCCGAGGGUGGCAUGCCUGGAUUCGUCCUGGGCUUAGCCCAAGGCAGUGCCGCGGCCCUGGGCCUGGCCGUGUGCGGCACGGCGGCCUGCGCCGCGCAGGUGGCCAGAGGCGUGCUGAACACACCGGAGGCCCUGAUGCGGCAAGACGGAACUAGAUGGGACAGCACCUGCGGCAAGUGGGUGGACGACUUUGUUAACCUUCAAGAAGAGGAGGCGCAGGCUGACAAGGCCCCCGAGGAGUGCGAGUCAGAGGAGGACUCGCCGCUGUUCGGCGGCGCCUACAAGAAGGAGGUGGCAGACUCGUCCUACUACGACAUCAUCGGCGUAAAGCCUGGGUCUCUGCCUAUGGACAUCAAGAAGGCCUACUACAAAGCCGCAUUGCAAGUUCAUCCAGACAAGAACCCUGGGGACGAGGAAGCACACGCAAAGUUCCAGCAGCUUUCGGCUGCGUACCGAGUGCUCAGCGACCCACAGUUGCGUGAGAGAUACGACCAAAUAGGGGAAGAGGCGACCAAGGAGGCAGAGCUGCCUUCAAUUGACCCUAUCCUGUUCUUCGGCAUCCUCUUCGGCUCGGAGCAUUGCGAAAAGUACAUUGGCAAGUUGUACUUGGCCAUGCAGACGAACCAGCUGGCCAAAGAGCUUCAGCGACAAAGCACAGCUGAGGAAGGCGUGAGAAGCAGGUGCGACCGACAAAUGCCACUGCGCCAGCACCUGCGCGAGGUGCGCUGCGCGCGUCAUUUGCGACGUCUCGUAGACGUGUGGGCCGUCCAACGUGAUGGCCGCAGUUUUGUCCGACAAAGUUCGGAGGAGGCCAGCAGCCUCAAUCAGUGCGCUUUCGGUGGGAGGCUCCUCAAGGCGAUCAGCCAGGCCUACCAGAGCACCGCGGAGGAUUACCUCUCGAGCCUGUAUGGCCCGCUCACGCUGGAGUCGCAGCUCUCCCGCUGGAGCCAUGGCUUCCAGGAUGCCCAGCUGAAGACCUCGGCUGGCCUGAGCCUGGCCAAGGCUGCAUACGCUGCAAACACAUUGGCUGCGAGAGUCCAUCGGCGAAUGAGCGAGAGCAACCUCAGUGCGAGCUAUGUUCCGGAAGGGGCAAGCGUGAUGGAUAGCAACAUCGCUGAAUCAUUGGAAGGCCAGUUGCCUGUCUUCUUGCAGACGCUUUGGGACGUGUGCCUUCUGGACAUCACUUCCACUCUGAAGAACGUCUCGGGCAAGGUUGUCAAGGACGUCAGCAUCCCCUGGCAGCUGCGUGUGCGCCGGGCGCAGGCAUUGCUCCGGCUCGCGCGCAUAUUUCGCGAUGCAGGGCAGCGUGAGGCUUCGGACACGAAGAAGGCGGAUGUCGCCAAACAGCUCCUGGAAGAGGCGCUGAUGGGCUCCGUCAAGCGGUGA